AUGGCUGCGACAGUUGACCAGAAGCUCCUGCGAGCUACAAAGUUUCCGCCCGAGUUCAACACAAAGGUCGACAUGCAAAAGGUCAAUCUGCAGGUCAUGAAGAAAUGGAUCGCAGGCAAGCUAGCUGAGAUAUUGGGUACCGAAGAUGACGUGGUGACGGAGCUGUGUUUCAACCUGAUUGAAGGCUCUCGCCAUCCCGACAUCAAAUCUAUGCAAAUUCAACUAACUGGGUUUCUCGAGAAAGAGACUGCCCCUUUCUGCAAGGAGAUGUGGAAUCUGUUUCUGAGCGCUCAAUCCAGUCCUCAAGGUGUUCCCCAAGAAUUGCUCGAGGCCAAGAAGCUCGAAUUGAUUCAAGAGAAGCUUGCAGCUGAGAAAGCUGCCGAGGAAGCUCGAGUACGAAGAGACCAGCAAGAGCGCAGAAACCGAGAGAUGGGCGACAUUCGAGACCGUGAGCGCCGAGAUCGGGGCUUCCGUGGUGGUCGGGGCGACAAUUGGCAGGAGGGUUUGGACGCGGCAGGGAUCGAUCACCCUCGCGUUCGCGCUCACCUCCGCGACGGAGUUCGUACCGCGGCGAUCGUGAUCGAUAUGUUCCGCAGAGCCGCGGGACCACCUACCGUGGUCGAUCCCGCACACGAUCUCCCUCAGCUGAUUCGCAUAACGCUCGAGGCAGCUCACGCUCCCGCUCCGGUUCCCGUAGCGAUGCUGGUGACCGUAGCCGCGGAUCUAGUCGAUCCAGUGGCCCUUCACGUCGCAGAGGCCCUUCGCGGAGAUCGCCCGCUCGCGGCCGGCGCUCGCCGUCCCCAAAGAGACGCAGGCAAUCGAGUUCUAUUAGCCGAUCGCCGCCGCCCCGGCGGCGAGGUGGUAAGCGCCGCAGCCAAUCCAGAUCACCAUCGUCGUCACGCUCGCGUUCACGCAGUCCAAAACCUCGACGUCGGUCGGGGAAAGAGCUCAUUAAUCGCAGCCCAUCAAAAGACCGAUAUGGUCGCCUCAGACGGUCAAGCAGCUCAAGUCGCAGCAGAAGCAGGAGCAGGAGCAGAAGCAGAGAUGGACCAUCCUCUCGGCGGAGACAACAUUCAGAUUCCCCUCAUGCACGUAACAGAUCAGCUGAUGUUUCGGAUUCUCAAGACAGAAAAGAUCGAUCCGCCAGACACGACUCGGUGA